UUUUGUUGGCGGAUUUGAAGCGCCGGGAGGCUGUCGGUUGGUGGGUUUCGAUCACGGAACCGGACUCCUGGGAAAGCGGCGGCGGGACAUGGCGGAGCGGAGUGCGGAUGUAAACCGGGAAUGGAGCGAGGUCCAGCUGAGGAAGUACACCUUCGCCACCAAGGACAUCCCCAGGAUGUCCCACAGCGAUCCCCGGGUCGAGACACUCAUAGACAAUGAGGAGCCGGUAGUGCUAACAGAUACCAACCUUGUGUACCCAGCACUGAAAUGGGACCUGGAAUACUUGCAGGAGAAUAUUGGAGAUGGGGACUUUUCUGUUUAUGUUGCCAAAACGCACAAGUUCUUGUACUAUGAUGAAAAGAAAAUGGUUAACUUCAAGAAUUUCGAGCCAAAGUCUAGGAGGGAAGAGAUGAAAUUCAGUGAGUUUGUGGAAAAACUUGGUGAAAUCGAUCAAGGUGACAACAGGUAUUACUUACAACAAACACUGAAUGACACGGUAGGGAAGAAGAUUGUCAUGGACUUCCUGGGUUUUAACUGGAACUGGAUUAACAAGCAACAGACAAAGCGAAACUGGGGCCAGCUCACAUCCAACUUGCUGCUUGUAGGAAUGGAAGGGAAUGUCACACCAGCACACUAUGAUGAACAGCAGAACUUUUUUGCACAAAUUAAAGGCUACAAACGUUGUAUUCUCUUCCCACCUGAUCAGUUUGAUUGUUUAUAUCCAUACCCAGUCCAUCACCCGUGUGACAGACAGAGCCAGGUGGAUUUUGAAAAUCCAGAUUAUGAAAGGUUUCCUAAUUUUAGGAACGUUGUUGGAUAUGAAACAGUGGUUGGACCUGGAGAUGUAUUGUACAUCCCUAUGUACUGGUGGCAUCAUAUUGAAUCAUUGCUUAAUGGAGGAAUCACUAUUACUGUCAACUUCUGGUACAAGGGUGCACCAACUCCAAAGAGGAUUGAGUAUCCAUUGAAAUCCCAUCAGAAGGUCGCAAUUAUGAGGAAUAUAGAAAAAAUGCUGGGAGAAGCUCUAGGGGAGCCACAGGAGGUUGGGCCAUUAUUAAACAUGAUGAUAAAAGGCCGAUAUGAUUAACCGUCAUCCUGUCGACGCUUUCUUGGAGUAAAUGGCGCCGAGCAAAUUGUACACGAGCAUUACAUGCCUGGACUGAAUGCAGAUGCAGGAAAUUCUUCCUCUUGUUCAAAGCUGGCUGCCAUUGAUUGUUGAAGUGAAUUUUUAUAUCCACCAUCUGUGUGCCUGUCAGACAGAAGAUUCUGAAAACUAAAGUCUGAUAUCAACUGAUUGGCACAUUGCCCUAGAUGCAUUAUAGCACUGAGUGUGUAUGUAGACCACAUUCCACCAAUUUGUAUGGUUUUAAGUUUCUUUUUGAAACCGAAACUAAAAUGAGCACUUUGUGCUGAUUCUGUUGGAAUGAUGGUCUUGGGCUAAAUGCUGUUGGUUUCCUUGUGUGACUCUUAAAAAAAAUAAGAGAAGGCUCUUCCACAGUUGAGCCUAAAAAUUGGCUACUUUUCAUUUUAAUAGCUCAUAGUUCAUGAUCAAUGCCUGUGACUUACACUGGUGUCUUAGAAUACUUGGUUUGAAAUGUUAACAGGUGGCAGUGGCGUACAGCACCCGAAUUAAAACGCUGUCAACAAUUUGGAGAUGAGUCUCUGGUUGAAAGCCAGACUUUUAUGUUUUACACAACAUUCAGCAAGUGUUUGUGAUCCAAUACCAGUCUGUGUCCUAGCGAUGUAAUGCCACAGUAUUGAUUGUUAUUCUGUUACCCAAAUGGAUCUUGUUGCUAUUAUGAGGGACAAUAUAAUGAACGACAUCACUUUAGGAACCCCUGGUUGCACUUCUAUAAUUUAGUCUUGGAGCAUUCCAACAUGUUCAGAUGUUUUCCGUCUUUCACUGUCCGCGCUCUCUCUCUCCACCUUUAUGUCUGUUUUUAGUCUGGCUGUCUUUCACUCUCCCUUCCUCUCUCUGUCUCUCCCUCUCCUCUGCGCGCUGCACUGUCUCCCCACUCUAUUAUCUGACCCUGAGCAGCACUUUGUAAGAAUGCGUUUUCAGUUUUAAUAAGAGACCUUAUACAAAACCUGACAGUAACAGUGCUUGGUGGAGGUUUAAUAUCACAUUCUGUAUCAUAAUGUCAGCUUCAAAUCAAAAAACAAACUGCCUGUAAACUGUCAAUCCUAAAUCGUAGACAGCCCUGCUUAACUUCCCACCUGAACAAUCUGAAAAUCAAAUAAAAAGCAAAACACUGUAGAUGCUGGAAAUCUGAUCAAAACACAAAGAACAUUGCAUUCAGCAGCUCAGAGAACAUUUUGGAGCAAACAGACCAGAUGUUUUCAAAACCAAAAACACCUCUUAUGUUGUUCUAUUAAAUGUGAAGUAAUCUUCUUCACUUCCCACCUAAUUAUCUUUGCCUAGAGGUAACUCAUUUCAAGUUCCUUCCAACUACCCUGCUAGAGGGCAUCACAUCAUUUACUGCUCAGUAUAUCCCAGCAAGUUACUCAGUCUGUUGAAGCACUCAUGCUCUUAGUUAUGAUCGCAUUAAUGAGAGAAUUUCUAAAAUCUAAAUCUCCUUUUUUCUCAUUAACUAUAUAUAUGUCUUUUACUCAAGGAAGGAGAUGGAAUGAGAAUUUGUUUCUUCCUUUGCCAAUAAUAGAGUGCACCUUGGUAGUGUAAUAAGAAUAUUAAAUAUCACUUUUUCAUCAUCUGCUGCUAAGUUAAACAUACCUACAGUCUGAGUGCUACCUCUUGGAAAUACAGUAAGAAUCCAGGGUGUGGAAUUCUGUCUUAGGUAGGACAUCAGGAAGGAGACGAAAGGCUGCUCUUGUGUAUCUUUUAUCAGCCACUGCAUAAUCAGAAACCAAGUAAACAAGUGGGUGCAGCUGAGACCAUUUUAAAAUCUAAAACUAAAAAGUGUUACUUAAAUUUGCUUCUUAUGGUUUGGUUUGUUUUAGUCUGUUCCCAGUGGAAGAAAAUCAGACCCUGUCCCAUUCCCCCAUUCCAUCUCUCUCCUUCCUUACAAUGUCAUUGCUGAGGAUCAGCUACUAGAGUUGAGUGACUCUUCUUUUGAUGCCUCCUCCCUCCUUCUCUAUGUAAUCCAUGAGGUUGAUAGCAGAAUUGUGAAUUUUUAUCUAUUGGGAAAGGUUGAACAAGCUAGAAUUUUUCUCUCUGUAGGAAAAAAAAAGUUAAGAAGUGAUAUCUAUAAUUGCCACGAGGUCUUGUAAGGGAGACCUAGAGAAGAUGGGAGAGCAAAACUAGGGAGUAAUACAUAUAAGAUAUUCAUGUAUUAAUCCAAUAAAACUUACUUGUCCCAAGUGUUGAGACUGUUGAGCUUGCAGACACAUGGUGAUUUUGAGGGAAGUAUUUUAAGUACCUAAGAGAGCAAAGGAGGCAGAAAGAUCAGCCAAGGUGGAAGAAAGCUGCUGUGAUCAGGAACUCGCCAAACAAGGAAGUGGAGCCCCUCAUCCUGUGACAUUUGUGGGCUUGUGAUGUUACUGACUCAGCUUGAUAGGCCACACUGAGGGGUCCUUGAUCAGAUCGAUCAGGAUUAAAUACUUUGCUCACUGCAGCCCUGUCAGAUUGUCUGUGAGGAGCUAUAGACACAACUGGUUGAAUCAAUCUGUGGCUGAACACUUCUGUAAUUGGACAUCUCUCGACAGCAACAAAGUGGAAAAGCUUUUCUUCUUUUAAACUAGUAUGUGGCCUUAGACAGUUUCCUUUCUGACUCACAACAAAAGCACUUUGAGAUUUUCCAUCUGCCAUCUCAUCAGAAACCAACAGCGUUUUUACUUUAACUGCCUUUGUGCCAGCAAAUUACUGUUGGUCCUGCCUUGUGAAAGAAGCUAGCAGUGUUGGUGGAGAGACAGAGAGAAUGGAUGACAGAACAUUUCUCACUGUCUCACAUACGACAAAUAUCUUGAUGCUGAAGCAGGUGUGAACUGUGGAUAGUUAGCCUUUCAAAGAUUUCUCAUUUGAAAGCUUUUUAUGAUGUUUUCUUUGGGUGAAAUGUAACAGUCCCUGAUUUUGUGCAUGGCUACUGACUUUUUGUUUUUUGCCCUGUAAGUGACAAACAUGGGACUGUAUUUUGGCCUUGAUGGUUUUCGUGAUUGUGAGCAAAACAAUUUUUUUUUUAACAAUGUGGAUGUAGUCUCAGACAAGAACACAAAAGGAGCAGUUUAUCAAAAGAUUUAUUUUUCAAAACUAUGACUGUUAUAUGUUGGUCUGUAACUUCAGAAGGGAUUGGUGUACUCCGUCAUGGAACCACAUAAAGAAAUUCGCUGAGUGACAAACCCUUCAUUCUAAGACUGAAACGUCCUGUACCAGACACAUUUCAAUUCUGAUGUACCGUCAGUAUUCCCCCAUUAGACAGUGCUGAAUGGUUACUAUCCUUAAAAUUAUUAUCCCUUUGUGAAAAACAGUGAUCAAUUUUUGGAAGUAACACAGGUGAAUUGGAAGGUCAAAGUAUACACCAUCUCAUUUAUAUUUUGUGGGAUUUUUGUUUUAAGCAUUUCCUGGAGAAAGUAUUGGAUUCACAAGCAGCGAGUGACCUUGAUCAGUGAUUUUAAAGCAGGGUUUUGGGAAAAUCUUCAGCUAAACUGUUUUAUUUCUCUCUGUUCCCACCAAACCCCCCCACCCCCCCCCCACCCCCCCCCCCCAACACACACAAUACACACACACACACACACACACACACACUUGCGUUUCAUAAGCCUAACAAUAAUAAUCUUAAUUAACGUCUGGUAUAUAUACCUGACAUGUAUAAUUUAAAUCCCUGUACAAAAUGUUCCAAGUCAACAUGUUUUUAAAGCCCGCUGUUUUGCUGUAAUUCUGUUAAUGAUAUGUGUGUAAAUUG